AUGACUCUCGGUAUCCUCCUUUCGGAAUAUGUUCCAUCUUCAAGAUCUGCAUUUGAAGGGUCUCAAGUCAUUGGUGUCCCUGUGCCUUUGGCUAUAGGUAUGAUAAUCAUGAUGCUCCCUCCACUCUGUAAGGUCCGUUGGGAGAAUUUCUUCCGAUUUUUCUCACUGAAUAUGUACUUGCACCAGAUUUUGGUGUCUGUUGUACUAAAUUGGGUUCUAAGCCCACUCUUGAUGUUUGGGCUCUCGUGGGCCACCCUUUUUGAUAAACCAGAAUAUAGAAACGGUAUCAUAAUGAUUGGGUUGGCACGAUGUAUAGCUAUGGUCUUGGUGUGGAACGAUUUAGCUGGCGGAGACCUGGAUUUGUGCGCUGUGAUCGUUAUUGUCAACAGUAUGCUCCAGAUAGUCAUGUAUGCUCCAUACCAGAUCUUGUUCUGCUACGCCAUUACUGGGGACUACUCUAAAGCAGGAGCUAGUGGUGUUACAUAUUCUGUGGUUGCCAAAAGUGUUGUUUUCUUCCUUGGAAUUCCUCUUGCUAUCGGUCUCGUGGUGAGAUUAUUGGCCAUAUCCACCAUAGGCAUCAACCAGUAUAACAGAAGAGUAAUGCCUUUCAUCUCGCCCUGGGCUCUCAUCGGAUUGAUAUAUACGAUUGUAGUGAUUUUCAUCGAGAGAGGUCACUACUUCAUUCGGGAUAUCGGGUCUGGGAUCAGGUGCUUUGUUCCUCUCACUCUCUAUUUCUUCAUCUCAUGGUUUGGUGUGUUCUUUGGGAUGAGAUGGUACAGCGGCAGAACUAGAGUCAUGGAAGCGAGUGGCGAUGGGGCAGAAGAGACAUUGCUUUGUGGGUGUGAAAAAAACACUGUUGAAAAUGAGAUCAGAUGGAAAUGGAGAUGUGGAGCAAGUUAUUCUGAGACUGUUACACAGACAUUUACUAGUGCUUCUAAUAAUUUUGAAUUGAGUCUUGCAAUUGCUAUCUCUUUGUAUGGUUCAGGAAGUAAAGAGUCUAUAGCGGCGACUUUUGGUCCACUUUUAGAAGUUCCAAUCUUGUUGAUUUUAUGUUUUGUUGCACAGUACUACAGAUUGAAGUUCUUGUGGAGAGACAUUGAUGGACAGGGCCAUAAAGUCAACAACUGUUGA